AAAAAUGCCGUGUGUAGUUUAAAGUGCUGCCAAAAUAAAAUAAAAAACACACAGAAAAGCAACAUUUAAGUUGAAAAAAGUGUGUGGUUGUGUUGGAAUAGGCCGAAUUAGAGUAAAGCUUGAGGGCUCGGCAAAUUAAGCAAAGAUGCAGUCACAUAGCAAAAAGCGCGUUUGCUAUUAUUACGACAGUGAUAUAGGCAACUAUUACUAUGGCCAGGGACAUCCCAUGAAGCCGCAUCGCAUACGCAUGACGCACAAUCUGUUGCUCAAUUAUGGGCUCUAUCGCAAAAUGGAAAUUUAUCGUCCGCACAAAGCUACGGCUGAUGAGAUGACUAAAUUCCACUCCGAUGAGUAUGUUAGAUUCUUACGCUCCAUACGCCCGGACAAUAUGACGGAGUAUAACAAACAGAUGCAGCGCUUCAAUGUGGGCGAAGAUUGUCCAGUUUUUGAUGGUCUCUAUGAGUUCUGUCAGCUCUCAGCAGGUGGCUCUGUGGCCGCAGCUGUUAAACUGAACAAGCAGGCAUCAGAGAUUUGCAUUAACUGGGGCGGUGGACUGCAUCAUGCGAAGAAAUCCGAAGCCUCUGGCUUCUGCUAUGUCAACGACAUUGUGCUGGGCAUUCUGGAGCUGCUGAAGUAUCACCAGCGUGUGCUCUACAUAGACAUCGAUGUGCAUCACGGCGAUGGCGUAGAGGAGGCAUUCUAUACGACAGAUCGUGUGAUGACCGUAAGCUUCCACAAAUACGGCGAAUAUUUUCCGGGCACAGGUGAUCUGCGCGACAUUGGCGCUGGCAAGGGCAAAUACUAUGCAGUUAAUAUACCGCUACGCGAUGGCAUGGACGAUGAGGCCUACGAGAGCAUCUUUGUGCCCAUUAUAUCCAAAGUAAUGGAAACUUUCCAGCCGGCGGCUGUGGUGCUGCAAUGUGGCGCUGAUUCGCUAACAGGCGAUCGCCUGGGCUGCUUCAAUCUGACGGUCAAGGGUCAUGGCAAGUGCGUGGAGUUUGUCAAGAAGUACAAUCUGCCCUUCCUGAUGGUCGGCGGUGGUGGCUACACCAUACGCAAUGUUUCCCGCUGCUGGACUUAUGAAACUUCAGUGGCACUUGCUGUCGAGAUUGCCAAUGAGCUGCCGUAUAACGAUUACUUUGAGUAUUUUGGCCCUGACUUUAAGCUGCACAUCAGUCCCAGUAAUAUGACCAAUCAGAAUACCUCCGAGUACCUGGAGAAGAUUAAGAAUCGUCUGUUUGAGAACUUGCGCAUGCUGCCGCAUGCGCCAGGUGUGCAAAUCCAGGCCAUACCUGAGGACGCCAUCAACGAUGAGUCCGACGAUGAGGACAAGGUCGAUAAGGAUGAGCGCCUGCCGCAGAGCGACAAGGACAAGCGCAUUGUGCCCGAGAACGAAUAUUCUGACUCGGAGGAUGAAGGCGAGGGUGGUCGGCGCGAUAAUCGCGCUUACAAGGGACAACGCAAGCGUCCGCGUCUGGAUAAAGAUAAUUCCAGCAUAAACAAUUCCAGCAACAAGACUUCCUCUGAAACUUCCAGCGAUAUUAAGGAUGAAAAGGAAAAGCCUGAGCCUGCAGAUGGCGAGGAUACGUCUUCAACUACAGCUGCCAACAACAACAGCAGCAGCAACAAUAGCAACGCAAAUAGCAACAAUAAAAGCGAUAGCGAUGCCAGCACUCCAGCUGGUGGCAGCUCCUCCACAACUGCCAGCAAGGGCGCCAAGGAGAACAAUAUAUGACGUGGCGGCCGUAAUUGGUUAUAGAAGCCAAUUAAGCGACCGCCCAAAUAUAAACCGCCGGACUUUACCUAGUACUCUCAUCAACAUAAUCCAUCAUCAACUUCAUCAACAGCAACAGCAACUGCGUUUCCCACUGCUGGCAAACAAGUCUUCGGCAGUUCAUAGUUCAUAGCAUAUAGAUAGCCAGCAGGCAUAACUCAAAUCAUAAUACAAUUUAUUGUAAGUCCGUAACCCAAAACUACCACGAAAAAUAUCAUUGUUUAAACUAAAGUUUUAAGUUAAGCAGCAGCAGCCACAAUUGAAAGUCAUUUUACUCUAUACCAUACACUUAAAUUUGUUUUUGGGUAAACCUUUUGUCAGCAACUACAAUAAAUAUU